CUGGUGCCUGUUGUAGAGCUGUCUCCUCAGUGCCUCCAACACUGCCGUGUCGGGCCCGGUCACAAUAUUCGUUCUCCUUACGUUGUUGGAACUGAGACCACAGUUUGAUCGGUUAUUGUAGUCCGAAUAAAAAGACUCGUGUUGGCCUAGGCAGCGAUCAUGUCGUCAGGAGACAAGCAGCAGCAGCUGACCAGCGUGGACGAAUGUUUGGAGAAACAUCUCCCGCCUGCUGAACUGGCCGAGGUCAAGAGGAUACUUUACGGACGAGAUGUGCCGCGCAUAACGCUGCCACAGUCAGCCCUGGACGCCGCUCAGGAGGGCAGCUUUGAGAUCAAGGCCUUCAAGUUCGAUGCUGCCAAGGAAGACAUAACAACUCCUCGCGUAGUGCGUGUCGGACUCGUGCAGAACAAGAUCGUGCUGCCCACAACGGCCCCUGUACAGCAGCAGCGCGACGCUCUCCUCGCCCGCUGUGCCACCAUAGCGCGGGCCGCGGCAAUGGCGGGGGUCAAUGUCUUGUGCCUGCAGGAAGCUUGGAACAUGCCCUUCGCCUUCUGCACGCGAGAAAAGCUACCGUGGUGCGAGUUCGCUGAGCCUGCAGAAGACGGACCAACCACGCAGUUCAUUCAGAAGAUUGCGCGAGAGCACAACAUGGUGAUCAUCUCACCCAUACUGGAGCGAGACACCAAUCACGGCGACGUGCUGUGGAACACUGCGGUGGUGGUGAGCAAUACUGGCCGCGUCAUCGGCAAGUCGAGGAAGAACCACAUCCCCAGAGUGGGCGACUUUAAUGAGAGCACCUACUACGAGUCUGGCAACACCGGGCACCCCGUCUUCAGCACUCAGUUCGGGAAGCUAGCCGUGAACAUCUGCUACGGACGGCAUCACCCUCAGAACUGGAUGAUGUACGGCAUCAACGGCGCUGAGAUCGUCUUCAAUCCUUCCGCUACUCUGGACGGCCUCAGCGAGCCUCUGUGGGGCGUCGAGGCCCGCAACGCGGCCAUAGCCAACAGCUACUUCACGUGCGCCAUCAACCGCGUGGGUACAGAGCACUACCCGCGCCCCUUCACCUCGGCAGACGGCCAGCCCGCGCACCACGACCUUGGUCACUUCUACGGCUCCUCCUACGUCACGGCUCCUGACGGCUCUAGGACGCCUGGUUUGUCGCGCACCAGCGACGGCUUGCUGGUGGUGGAGAUGGACCUCAAUUUAUGCCGCCAAAUCAAAGACAAGUGGGGCUUCAGGAUGACCCAGCGGCUUGAGCUGUACGGACCGCUGUUGUCGGCGGCUGCUCGGCCCGACUUCAAGCCUCAGAUCAUCUCCGACUCCUUCACUGACUAGUGAUACUAAUAGGUCGUUAUGGCAGACAGUCCAUGUUUUAUGACAAUCGUGAUUUUAUUGAAAACAUCAAUGGCAAUGAUCAAAUUAUAUUGUAUUAUUGAAUGAAACUCUUCCAUACUUCACAAGUGAAGCUGAUAAAUUCAUCGCCGUAUUCACUCAUCGCUAUAUGCCUGCGAUAACUAAGUAGAAUACCUACAUAAGAAUAGGAGAAUUGCAAAAAUGUUAAUUUUACGAGUUUAAUAAAUCUUUUACACAAUGA